GCUUUGAUGCCUUUGAUCCCACCCUCACCGCCCGAGAGGGAGGAGAAAAAUUUGCGGGAGAGAAGUGAGCAACAAGCAGAGUGGCAAGAUAACGCGGAGGACGGAGCCGCAUGGACCCCCCGCGGCGGGCCGGAGGGCCCGGGGUGCCGGCGGCGGGGCGCAGGGGAGCGGCGCUGCGGGCUCCCCGGGCAGCCCGGCUCUCCCGCGGGCUGUAGGACGGCGCCUGAUGCUCUGGGCGCGGCUGCCGAGCAGGAACGGGAGCCUGAGAGGCUGGUGCCUACCUGGGCCCCCUUACCACGAGGUGGAGUCCCAUCACAACUUUCCCAGCAGGCGGGGCUGGUGGAGAACAGGACAGACCGACCCUUGAACAACAAGGGCUGCAGAAGUGCAACACCUCAGGCAAGUGUGCGUUCGAUUCAUCUCAUGAGGCUGCAGCCCCCACAGCUGCAGGGAAGACGUGACGGCCAUUUCUCCCUUUGCAGCAGAAGAUACUAUGAGGGAGGAGGUCUCUUGCUUGGUGGGGGGAUUAUUAAUCCUUCAGCAUGUAGCACAACAGCUACAGAACUCGCUGCAGGCUCAUAGUUUUUGCAUCUCAGAUUUCCAGCAAAGCUGGGAGAUAGCAAGUAAGUUUUUUUACUCCCUGAGAACUAAACUACCUUCUAGCUUUUUUUUCAUCUCCUUUCCACUGUGGUCCUCACUUUCAAGUUUGGAGGCUGACUCAGUGACAGUGCCCACAGUGCUGUUUGCAUCAAGAGGAGGCCCAAAGGUUUGGCAUGUGCUGUCCCAGUGAAACCUUGUGAUCAGGGAGGAUGCAUCGGAAGUGAAGAAAUGAGGACAUGAAUAGAGCAGGGGUGCCCUCCUUCUGCAGCAGCCAUGUUGCACCGAGCCUGGCAGCAAUAUGGGAGGUGGUGCCGUUGGUCCAGCCCUUUUAUCCAUCUGCUCACGCUGACUGUGGUGACAUUUGGUGUGCUCGCACCUUUGAUAUGCCACCGGCUCCUCCACUCGUACUUCUAUUUGCGGCGCUGGCACCUGAACCCCAUGAGCCAGGAGUUCCUGGAGCAGAACCAGCAGGAGGGCCAGGCUGCCCUCCAUUACUUUGAGAAGCUGCAGGUACCAAAUGCCUCUGAGGCCUCUGGCAGUGACGCCUUCCAACCCUUGCUGCUGGUCACCAUCAUCACUGUGCAGAGGCGGAAUGAUUUCCACUAUGUCUUGCAAGUGGCCUCCCACUUCCACCGCCUCCUCCAGAAAUGUGGUGCACGUUGCCAGAGCCACCGCAUCCUCCUCUGUAAUGUGGAGUCAGACCCCAGUAGCCAUCAAGAUGUUAAGCUGCUACGCAGCUUCUUUCCUAUGGUCACUCGUGACAAAACUGGGGAGACCCCUGACCCCAGAGUGAACCAGUUUGAGAAGGAGAAGCAGGACUACAUCUUCUGCCUUGAGCAGUCGCUGUUGGUGUACAGCCCAGAAUAUGUCCUCAUAGUGGAAGACGACGCUGUGCCAGAGGAGGACAUAUUUGCUGUCUUGCAGCACCUCUUGUUGGCCCGAUUUUCAAAAUCAUACCUCAGAGACGCGCUCUACUUCAAGCUUUACCAUCCGGAGCGGCUUCAGCGCUACUUCAACCCCGAACCCAUGAGAAUCCUUGAGUGGCUCGGUCUGGGCAUGUUCCUGGGGCCUGUGCUGAACUGUGUGUACUCCUGGGCAACUGGGCGCCCCAGCCUCAGCUGGCCCAUUGUCUUGUUCUUUGCUUUGUACAGCAUGGCUUUGUCGGAGCUGGUGGGACGGCAUUACAUGCUGGAGCUGCGCCGGCUGGCCCCCACGCUGUAUAAUAUCGUGCCAGUCACCGAGUGCUGCACGCCUGCCAUGCUCUUCUCUGCUCCUUCUGCCCGCCGUGCCUUAGGUUAUCUGAAGGGGAUGCACUGCCGACAGGGUUUUGCUAAGGAUAUCGCCCUCUACUCACUGCUGCGUACAAAGGGGGAGAACGCCUAUGUUGUAGAACCCAAUCUGGUCCGACAUGUGGGAAUGUAUUCCAGCCUUCGGAUAAAUGACAAUCCGAAACUGCUGUGAUCUGUUGAUGCCUUUGCAGACACAAAGCCCAGGGAACUUGCCACUGAGCAGAGUAUACAAACUGAUGUCGUGCUACUCACACUGGGCAUCCCGUGCCUCCAGAUGGACAAAGAAUGACUCUCUUUUUUAAAAGAAAAAAAAAGUUUCUUAAAAAAAUAAACUUCCGUACAUGCAGACCCUA